UGGCCCGUCACCUUGAGACGCGUGACUCAGAUCUUUCCUCCCAAACACAACACCGCACGAAGUUUUGUGUGAAUUCAAAGUAAACAAAUAAAAGCACAUAACGCUCUCUUUUACAAUUCACAAUACGCAUUUCUCUCUCUCUCCCUCCCUUUGCAUAUUCCUCGCAUAUCUCUAUCAGAGUUUAAACUCGAAUCCCAUUUCCAUUGAUAGAGAGAAACGAGGAGAGUGAAUUCGAAAUCGUUUUCUCGUUGAAACUCAUACUCACGUUCAUAUCUCAUUUGAUUCACUUCAAAUUCCGUGCUGCCAGCUGCAGAUCAAACCGAGUUUCACGUUAAUGCUCGGUUUGAACUCGAUUUAGAUCGAUUUCUUCAUAUUCUGAUAGUGUGGGAGUAUAUAUAUGAAGAACGGGAUGAUAGAAUGCAGUGUUUGUCAUUCCAAAUUGGUUUCCCCUACUUCCAAAACUGUAUCGAGGGCUUAUGAUCGCCACAAAAGUAGGAUAUCAUCCAAGCAACGUGCACUCAACGUCUUCUUGGUUGUUGGUGACUGUAUCUUAGUUGGUUUCCAGCCUAUUCUUGUCUAUAUGUCCAAGGUGGAUGGGAAAUUCAAUUUUAGCCCUAUUAGUGUUAAUUUUUUGACAGAGAUCACAAAGGUUUUCUUUGCUAUUGUUAUGCUUUUACUCCAGGCUAGGAAUCAAAAAGUUGGGGAGAAGCCUCUUCUUUCAAUUUCUACAUUCAUGCAGGCAGCCCGCAGCAAUGUCCUUCUUGCUAUCCCAGCACUUCUUUAUGCUAUAAACAACUAUCUGAAGUUUACAAUGCAGCUUUAUUUUAAUCCUGCUACUGUGAAGAUGCUAAGUAAUUUGAAGGUUUUAGUAAUAGCAGUUUUGUUAAAGGUGAUUAUGAAGCGCCGGUUUUCCAUUAUUCAGUGGGAAGCUCUUGCUCUAUUGCUCAUUGGUAUAAGUGUUAAUCAGCUACGAACUUUGCCUGAAGGAACUACAGCCUUGGGUCUUCCUGUCACGAUGGGUGCAUAUAUCUAUACAUUGAUCUUUGUCACUGUUCCAUCUUUGGCCUCUGUUUAUAAUGAGUAUGCUUUGAAGAGCCAAUAUGAUACAAGCAUUUAUCUGCAGAACUUAUUCUUAUAUGGGUAUGGAGCUAUAUUCAAUUUUCUUGGAAUUGUUGGGACUGCUAUUUUCAAAGGCCCUAGCAGCUUUGAUAUCCUACAAGGACAUUCAAAAGCCACUAUGCUAUUGAUAGCAAACAAUGCUGCCCAAGGGAUUCUAUCCUCUUUCUUCUUCAAAUAUGCAGAUACAAUUUUGAAGAAGUAUUCAUCAACAGUUGCAACAAUCUUUACAGGCAUAUUAUCUGCUGCACUAUUUGGACAUACUUUAACAAUGAACUUCGUUAUUGGCAUUUCUAUUGUAUUUAUCUCAAUGCACCAGUUUUUUUCACCGCUUUCAAAAGUCAAAGAUGAACAAAAUGGGGUGCUGGAACUGCAUGAUGUUCAUGACAAACAAAGGUCAAAGGAAUCCUUUAUAAAUAUGGCAGCUGGAGCAAAUGAGGAGGCCAGUCACCGUGCGGUGCAUGAUGAGAGACAGCCACUUCUUCCCACCUAGAUUGACCUACUGUAUUUUAAAAGAAAAUUUUUUGGUGACGUUGCUGGUAGCAUUGGUCCACGCAGUUUGAAGUCAUAAUAAACGUAAAAAGUUAUUUCUGCCUUUCUGGGAUAGUUUCCUACGGAAGGGAUUUCUCUACUUGGUUGAUAAAGAAAGACAUGAAUUCUUAACUUCAGGAGCUGGUGAGCUAGCCAGGACUUUCAUCUGCUGAAGAUUUUGAUAGAGCAUAGAAAAUGUCUUCGUAAGAGCUUUUGGAAUAUCAAUGUGGAUUUACUUGUACUACAUUUAAUUGUUAUCUUGGACACUGGAUUUUUUUCCUUUUCUUUGUUUUUUUUCCUGUUAUAUUUACUUCAACCCGUUUUAUCUCUAUCGUGUUAUUUUUUACAUUCAUUACAUGAUUUUGGCAUUUCAUCUUUAUGAGAGUAUGGCCAAAAUAAAGAAAAUGAGGCUUCCACUUACA